AUAACGUUUGUGAUACACUUGACAAGAAGCACGUGGGAUCGUUUGCCGACCACAAUGGACAACUGUGCCAAAUCAAAGAUGUUUGAAAUGUAAUCUAUGAAGCUUUGGAUGACAAACAGGCUACAACAUCGAUCUGUCAAGUCUUCAAAAUUCCCAUUCGCAGUCAAGUGGAGCGUGAGACACAACACCUCCAUAAAACUGCUAUCUAUUUUUCAUUUUUAACCUUCUCCUCAAUCUCUCCGAAAGGGAAAAAAGGUAGGUUUUUGAAAAACUGUGAGGGGUGAUUUAGUGAAUUGGAUUCCAUCUUCAUCCGGAGAAAAUCAAAAGUGAAAAGUGUGAGCUUUGAGGUUGAAAUGAAAUUUUGCUAAGAAAGGUUAGUAAAGAUCAAAUCUUUACGAAGAAAAAGAAAACAGAAGUUGCUUUUGGUGGAAAAUGCUGGUUGGGUUUUUAAGAUCAAACCCAGAUCUUGUUACCUUUUGAUCUAGCUGAAUGCUUUUGUUAAUCUUUGGAAGCUGAUGAAAACUAGAGUCCAGGAGACACAGAUUAUUUCAACAUAUGAAGUGAGUCGAUGUUGCUGUUCAAGCAAACGAGGAAUUUUCUUUGUUGGAAUUGAGUUAUAACUCAUCUUAGUGAGGAUGGAGUUGCAUAUUUAUUGGUGGAUUGACUCAUCACUGGCUUUCAGUUUAUGAGUUGACAGUUUUUGGCACCCAGGUUUUCCUUUCUUUGCAUUUGAUGGUGCAUUUGCUUUGAAGGGUUUUCUUUUCAUAACCAAUUGUGAAGUGCAUGAGAAGAGAUUCCUGUUUAAGUUACGAUGAUCAAACAAAUACUUAAUAGACUCCCACGGAAACCAUCUAAGUCAAAUGACAAUCGUGAGGGAGGAGGAACUUCUACCUCUUCAGCGAAUGCUUCUACCAGUUCAAGAAACAGUGAUUUAUCUAGUAACCGCUAUGCAAACUCAAGCAGUUCAUCCUUUUCUGGCUUCAGUUCGACUCCGAAUUCUGGGCUGAAUCAAGGCAAUAAGAUUUCUCAAGUGGUGAAUGCAAAGCUGAACGGGAAUAUGGUUGCUACUUCUUUUGAGGCAUUGCCUAGUUUUAAAGAUGUUCCAAAUUCUGAGAAGCAGAACUUGUUUAUCAGAAAACUGAACUUGUGUUGCAUUGUGUUUGACUUCAGUGACCCAUCAAAAAACCUCAAGGAGAAGGACCUCAAGCGGCAAACUUUGCUAGAGCUUGUGGAUUAUGUUUCAUCUGCUAGUGGGAAAUUUCCAGAGAUUGUUAUGCAGGAAAUUGGAAAGAUGGUUUCUGUAAAUUUGUUUAGAGCACUUACCUCUCCGCCACGUGAGAAGAAAGUUUUAGAAGCAUUUGAUUUGGAAGAGGAGGAGCCCUCAAUGGACCCUGCAUGGACUCAUUUGCAAAUUGUUUAUGAAUUACUCUUGAGGUUUGUGGCAUCAUCUGAGACAGAUGCAAAAUUGGCCAAGCGGUAUAUUGAUCACUCUUUUGUUCUGAGGUUGUUAGAUCUUUUUGAUUCAGAGGACCCCAGAGAAAGGGAGUAUCUGAAAACUGUUCUGCAUCGCAUCUAUGGAAAGUUUAUGGUCCAUCGUCCAUUCAUCAGGAAAGCAAUCAACAAUAUCUUUUACCGCUUUAUUUUUGAAACUGAAAAACACAAUGGAAUUGCAGAGCUACUAGAAAUACUGGGAAGUAUAAUCAAUGGGUUUGCUUUGCCACUGAAGGAAGAACAUAAGCUCUUUCUUGUUCGUGCAUUGAUACCACUUCACAAACCAAAAUGCAUAUCCAUGUACCACCAGCAGUUAUCUUACUGCAUUACUCAAUUUGUGGAGAAAGACUGCAAGCUUGCUGAUACUGUUAUACGGGGUUUAUUAAAGUAUUGGCCAAUUACAAAUAGCUCAAAAGAAGUUAUGUUCUUGGGUGAACUGGAGGAAGUUUUAGAAGCCACACAACCUGCUGAGUUUCAACGCUGCAUGGUACCCUUAUUCCGUCAGAUAGGCCGUUGCUUGAGUAGUUCCCAUUUUCAGGUGGCAGAGAGGGCUUUGUUCAUAUGGAACAAUGAUCAUAUCGAGAACCUAAUAAAACAGAAUCGGAAAGUUAUACUUCCAAUUAUCUUCCCUUCCUUGGAAAGGAAUGCAAGAAACCACUGGAAUCAGGCAGUGCAGAGCUUGACUCUAAAUGUCCGCAAGCUUUUCUCUGACACUGACUCCGAGCUGUUUGAGGAGUGCUUGCAUAAGUUUCAGGAAGACGAAGCACAAGAAAGUGAGGUUAAAUCAAAACGUGAGGCCACAUGGAAACGAUUAGAAGAGAUUGCUGCAAUGAAAGCUGCAAGCAAUGAACCAGUCCUCGUCUCCCCAAAAAUAACUAUUCGCAAGCCAUCUGGCUAGGACAAGAGAUUGCCAUUGUAGUUGCCGAUGUUCUAUUCCGAGAUCGGUUUGCAAACCAUAGGUUGGUGGACAUGGUGAGAUAAAGAUGAUGAUAAAGCUGAGUUUAUCAUUGUAUCAACUGUUCACAUUCUGAAUGGAUGGUUUGCUUGAUUUUAAUGUCGCAGGGUUGAUCAAGAUUGCUGCUAUGUGGGGUAAAUCCAAGCCCCUUUUGCUCAUAUAUAUGCUUAGAAUGUAUAUAAUGGAUUGGGGACAAAAAAAAAACAAACGAGUUUGGCUUGUAAAGCAUUAAUGGUGACAUCUUUUCCAUUGAUAAUCCUUUAAUGGUGACAAGAAAGCAUGAAUUCCACAUCU